CCAUUCCCCAACUACACAGGUUAAAUGAAUCAUGCCGACACCGCAUUUAUUUGUGGAGUGCUUUGACAACUGAUGUAGUUCAUAGCGCUUUUGCUUCCUGAAUUAUUAGGAUCCCAAAUGUUCACACGACGUAUUUCCACGAUGGAGCGACAUUCGUAUGUUCAAGGAAAGGGAAUUUGUCUGCCUAAACUAAGAUUUUGUCGGGACCUUUCGUGAGGGUAACAUAUAAUCUAUGGCUGCAAGCCCCCUGCUAUAUAUAUGGUCAAGGGUCUUUUAUGUCAGUUGAACUUGAGCAGCAACACCUGACAUUCCAUUUCUGAUUUGAUUCUCUCGGCCUUACGUCGAGUCCAAGCUAGUUGCUACCACUCUCCGUCAACAUUAAAAUGCCAUUUUCAUCUUCACAAGCCUCUCUCGUCCUCUUUCUCUUCCUCCUCCUAGUUCUCUCCAUAAACUUCACUUCUCCGCUCCCUCUCUCAACCAACGGAAGAUGGAUCGUCGACUCGGCCACGGGGCGGCGCAUGAAGCUUCCGUGCGUCAACUGGGCCUCCCACCUGGAGCCGAUGCUAGCGGAGGGCCUCGACAAGAAGCCCCUGGGCGUCAUCGUGGCUGAGAUCCGGAGGCUGCGGUUCAACUGCGUGCGCCUCACGUGGGCCACCUACAUGUUCACCCAGCCGGGCCACGGCGACCAGCCUGUCGAGGAGACCCUCGACUCCCUCGGACUGGCAGAGGCCAAAGGAGGGGUGGCGAGGAACAACCCUCUCGUGCUGAACAUGACGCAUGUGGAGGCGUAUGCCGCCGUCGUGGAUGAGCUCGGGAAGCAAGGCGUGAUGGUGGUGCUGGACAACCACGUGAGCAAGCCCAAGUGGUGCUGUGCUUAUGACGACGGGAACGGCUUCUUCGGAGACGAAUACUUUGAUCCUGAAGAGUGGCUGAGAGGGCUCGUCGCGGUGGCCGAGCACUUCAACGGGAAGAGCCAGGUGGUGGGAAUGAGCGUGCGAAAUGAGCUCCGCGGCCCGCGUCAAAACGAGUAUGACUGGUACCAGUACAUUCGCACUGCAGCGACCAAGGUCCACCAGGCCAACCCGAACGUGCUGGUCAUCCUCUCGGGCCUAAAUUGGGCCUCUGAUCUCAGCUUCCUGCGGAAGAGGCCCGUGGGCCUGAGCUUGGGCCGCAAACUGGUCUACGAAGCCCACUGGUACUCGUUCAGCGGGGACCGGAAGAUCUGGGAGGUCCAGCCCGUGGACCGGGUCUGCGCCAACGCCGUCCAGAGGAUGGAAGACCAAGCCGGGUUCCUCUCGAGCGGCCCCGGUGCGGUCCCGCUGUUCCUAGGUGAGUUUGGGUUCGACCAGACCGGGAAAAGCCAGGCUGAUGACCGGUUCCUGAGCUGCUUCAUGGGGUACGCAGCAGGGAAGGACUUGGACUGGGCCUUGUGGGCACUGCAGGGGAGCUAUUAUUACCGGCAAGGGGUCGUCGGGCCCGAAGAGACCUUCGGGGUGCUCGAUUUCAAUUGGGAUGGGCUCCGGAACCCAAAGUUUAAGGAGAGGUUUCAGUUGGUGCAGACGAUGGUUCAAGAUCCGAGCUCCAAUUCACCAAUGUCCUACAUCAUGUACCACCCGCAAAGCGGCCUCUGCAUCCGAGCAAAUAACAACCACGAGAUCGGCACGGCUGAGUGCCAGCAUUGGAGCAGGUGGAUCCACUACCGAGAUGGCAGCCCGAUCAGGCUGAUGGGCACUCCUCUCUGCCUCAAAGCCCUUGGCGACGGGCUCCCGCCGGUGCUUUCCAACGAUUGCUCGAGCCGGCGAAGCGCUUGGAGAUCGAUCUCCAAUUCAAAGCUUCACGUAGCAGCCACGGAUGAACGUGGAAAUCGCCUCUGCUUGGAGAAGAAGUCGAACGAAUCUUCCGUGAUCUUGACCAGGAAGUGCAUCUGCGUGGAUGAUGAUUCCGGGUGCACGGAGAAUCCACAAGGCCAGUGGUUCAAGUUCGUGCCCACGAAUACAUGAUGCGUACGUAGCAUUUCAAAGGACAGAAAUAAAGCAUAGGAAGCUACGUCUUCAAGUAGAAUAUAAAUUGUGCCCUAGUUAGCAAGUGCCUAGAGAAUAACUCUCGCCAAAGAAUUCCUGGGAAAAAAGAAAAGAAUCACCUCGCAAGCAGCCUUGCUCAUUGGUAUGAACAACGAGGAAAAAAGAUGGAGAAAGUCGGGAAAGAGAUGAAGAAUGUCGGCCACUUUGUGUCCUCAAAAGAGCGUGUGCUAGUGGCUGAAUAAAAGCCUACUUCUAUUUGCAAUCGCUAUCAUCAUGAUCUUUUUCA